GGAACAGCCUAACUGGAAUAAGUGCUCCAUCCUCCCCUUCAAUAUCCCGCAUCAGCAGAUUUCGCACGCAGGCCCCAUUCCGAACCCCUCCCCUUUAAUCGUUUUCUCCUUAAGCCGGAUGGGCAACCCUUUGGUGGUCUCAAAGAAGAACUGCCUCUCCUCACCCUCCAACUCCGCCUCGGACAUCUCCUCACCCCCACAGAGUCUGGUCUUCGUCGCCUCUCCAGAGUUGAAAUUUUCCGUCAAUUCCCUACUGCCCGUUUCCCCUGUAGCAGACGUAUCCUCACUGCCAUUACCGAAGCGGUUCCUCUGGACUGGUGGGAGGUCCUCCUCCCUUUUCAACGUCCUCUGGGAUCCUUGUCUGCAGGAGAUUGGACUGUCCCUGUCUCCCCUCCUCCCCCCUCUCCUCCUCAACUACUGCAGGUUCGCGUUACACUCCCAGGCGAUCUGGUGGUAG